AUGGUGGAUGCAAGUAAAACAAGAAGUAUACAGAGUUAUGUAGAUGAAUUAAAGAAUUCUGAGUGCUUUAAAGGGGCAAAUGCGCUUUACUCUGACAGAUGUGGAUGCUUGAGGGAUAUGAUAAUUGAAACAAAGCACAUUGAGACCUCUGCUACUUUAGUUUUUUAUUUAUUUCCAUCAGUGUAUUUUAUUCCAGACUGUCAAAUAUACAUAGAAAAUAACGAUUAUAUGCUUUAUGGAGUCAUCUGUCAUAAAUCUUCUGGGUGCUAUUCUGCUUUUACUUAUUGUGAAUCUGGAAGUUCCUGAGUUGAGUAUAGUUGGUCAAAGGUGGCACCUGUUGGUCUGCCUGAUUUUAGAUAUGUUUGCAUUCUUUUCUAUAAAAAUAAAAUUUAA